UGUCACUGCAACUUAAAGACUUAAAGAUCUGUCAAAGUCAAAUAUUUUACGCUAUUAAUUGUCGAAGUAAACUGAAAAAACUUGUUAAAUUAUUUGUUAACUUUAUCCAAUUUUGUUUCAUUCACACAAACUACAUUUUAUAUUGUUAAAGUAACAUGGGCAUAGAAAACAUGCGUCGCUGGCCUAUGUAUAUUGUGUUUGCUGUGUGUAUUUUAUUGUUACUUUCACUAUUUAAUAGCUGGAGUGCGGAAAAUGAAUUGCGAAACAGAGUUUCAGAAAUAAGUACACAACUUCAAGAAUGCUCCAAGCAACAGACAUCUUGCAUGGAGGAGUCAUUAACUUUACUCGAACAACGCGAUAGCUAUGUGGUCAAAGUGAACGAAUUAGAUAAACAAAAGUCUAAAUUGGCUGAUGAUGUUGAAGACUUCAAGAAUAAGCUUACGAAAUCUGAAGGACAAGUUAACCACACGAAGGUAGACGUGGAACUGUGCAAGACAGAGUUACAAUCAUUGAAAAACCUGCAAGUGAGCAAGACAGCUAUUGUAGAAACUUUGCGACUGGAGAAGGACACGCUGACAACACAGUUAGCUGAAAGAAAGCAGAAGAUUGACGAGCUAGAGAAAGAGAUAGAAAGGUUGAAAUUAGCAUUGACCACAAAAAGUGCUGCUAAUUCAUCUGUAGUGUCCAAGGUGACUCCAGCUGCUCAGCCUCCGAAAAUAAGUCCAGCCCUAAGUGCUCACAACCCUAUAAAUGAACCAGUCUUGGAGAACAAUGACGCUAAAGAAGAAAUAGAAGACACAAAUGCCUUGAAUGAUGGCAAUGAUUUUGAUCCUCAGUUACAAUAAGUUGUAGUUUAGUUAGCUUUUAUUCGGUGGUGUGGUGGUGUGAUAAUCAAUUACCAAGAGGACAAAGUAUGAGGCUGAUAGUAGAAAGGCUGUAAGCUAAGUAGUGUACAUACAGAACAACUUGUAUUACUUGAAAGUUCUUAUGAAACUUGACUCGUAUUUCCAAGCAAUUAUAUGAAUUAUCUGCUAUAAAUGCCAUGCAAAUAAUGUAGAAAUAUUUUUUCUUUUGGUACAUUGUUAUUGAUAUGGUUAGAAAUGGAAUUUUAAUGUGAUUUCAAGUAUAUGCCUUAGAUUUAAUAAUUAGGUUAAAUUGAUUGAUAACAACAAAUCACUGUGCCCUGUAAUGGCUAUGAUGAUAAUAAUUAAUUUCUACAAUUUGAUAAUGUUAUCAUUUGUUUCCAUUUUUAAGUAUUACUGAAUUUCAGA